AUGAAGGUGGAGUGGGCCAAGCCAAAGAAUGGGUGGUUUAAGAUUAAUUUUGAUGGGGCCUCCAAGGGCAAUCCGAGUCCUUCAGGGGUUGGGUUUGUCACGCAGGACUGGGAAGGAAAUAUAAUUGCGCUUGGGGCAACCAAGCUAUCGGAAGGAACAAAUAAUGGUGUCAAAGCUCAAGCUGCAAUUGAAGCUAUAAAAAUGGUCGAAGCAAUGGAUUUGCAAAAAAAUCAUCUUGAGGGGGAUUCUCAAAUGAUUAUAAAUGCUAUCAGUAAAGGAGAAAUUCAUGUGUGGAAACUCAAUAAAUUUGUAUCCAUUGCCAAAUCCAUAUUGGAAACAUUUGAUGAUUAUGAGGUAUGUCACAUGGUCCAUUUAGGGAAUGAGUUGGUGGACAGGUUGUCUAAUUGGGCAUUAUCAUUUAACGAUGAAGGAAGGAGUACUAUCAAGGUCUUCAAUGAUCUCAUCCUGGAUACAACGAGCUCUCACAUGAGUGAAGGAAUUAAUUCCCAUUCUAGUUGUACACUGCCAUUUUUAAAGUGCAUUUAUGAAAUGGCAAGGUGGCAUUUGGAUUAG